AUUCUCCAUUUAAGGUACCACUCCACCACUUUUCCAUUGUAUAUACCAGUUUUUCUUUACAUUUAUCUCUCUUUUAGGUCUCUUUCAACUUACUAACACAGAGACCGUGUGAACUAAGUUUGGGGGAGGUACCAAGUAUUUGAUCAUGUUUUCUUUGAUGAUUUUGAGUUUCAUGCAUUGCAUUGUACAUACAUAUUUUGUUACAGGCUGGAAGCUGGGUCGCCCAAAUGGUUGUUGGAGGUUCAAAUCGGAUCAACCAAAGAUAUGACCGGUUGGUCGAUAUGGUCUGAAAUCGAUUGUAAAACCUGAAACAAAUGAAAUAGGAAUGAGAUACGAAUGUUAUGAAGAAUAAACUAAGAUAAAUAAACAAAGAAAAAUGAUAGGUAUGGCGAAAUCAAGCUGCUGGAUGUGUAUCACUCUCAGCUUGAUCAAAUGAUGGAUUGAAGUGGAUUUGCGGAAGAAUGUUUGAUUGAAUCUCUCAAUCUGAUGGAUGAUGGAAACUAUGUGAUUGACUCUCUAAAUCUGUGUACUGAGCUUGUUUGAUUUGCACAAACAAACUAGACUCACGAAAUCAAUAGAACAACAAAGAAUCUCUCUUUGAAUCCUAAAGACCGAUAUUUUAUACAAAGAACAAUCUUUGAUAAAAACUGAAUAAACUUUUUAUUAACUUGGUGAUUGAGGGUGUUCUUUACAAUGGACGUCUAGGAUCUUAUAUAAGGCACAUAGACAAAGGUCCUAACGUUCUAAAACAAAUAGAAGAGGAAACAAACCAAGCAAAGUAACAAAAUCGAAAACUAGCCGUUGGAGCCUUUUAUGGGAUUUUGGCUCCAAGUGAGAAACUUGAUUCUUCUUGAACCUGGAAGGUUUUAAUGGAUAAAAGUGAUUCCUUGGGAUCUUCUGGAUGACUUGAAAGGUUCUGAUAUCGUCCAGAAAGGAAUGAGAAAAGAGCUGAUGGAGUUUGAAUGCAAGAUGCUCCAAAUAAGGCAAGUUAGUGUUAGUGAAGAUCCUCUUGAUCCUAUGGUUUCUGGUGCAUGGAACGGACUUGUCUGACUCUUCUGGACCACUGGAUGGACUUACUGAAUGCAUAGAUAGAUCUCCUGGUCGCCAAUGUCUGGUUUGAAGCUGAUUGAACCAGUUAGCUUCCAAUUGAGACAAGUGUAGAACUGGUUUGGCCGGUUUUGGAGAUUGGAUCAUAACUUCAUAAUUCCGUGGCCAUUUCUCCUGAUCUUGGGCUUUAUAGAAAUAUGAUAAACUCCUCUUGACUCCUAUGAUGGUAUUUGCUUCAGGACGCUUAUUCAUUGGGCUUUAAUCUUCUUCUAAAGUCGGGUACUCGCAGAUGGACGGGCUGAGAGACCUCUGACUUGUAAAAUUCAUAACUUCUUGAUCCGUGAAUAUUUUGGCCCGAUUCCAAUUGGCCUGGACUCCUUUUUGAGUGUAGAAUCCAUAAAUUUUAUCCUCGUGAUUUAAAAAUUCCUGGUGUGUAAGAUAUGGUAUUUUUAGUGCACGUAUGUUCUGGUUGGCGCCUUGGCUGGUGGAGUAGGGAAUUGGGUCGACCUCCGGUUAAGCUACUGGUUUGAUGGCCGCAUCAUACCCUCCCCCUUGAAAAAGUUUCGUCCUCGAAACUGGAUAACCUGCACCAAGAUAGAGCAAGUUAGCUUUCAUACUCUUUUGAGAUUCUAAGAUCUUACCUUGAUAUUGUUUCGGUUUGGGGAUGAAUUUUUCAUCAGGUGGCUCUUCUUUCAGCAAAUAGGAUAGGAUCACGCCUCUGCUAUGGAAUUUGGAAUUGCUUCUCUUCAGUGGAUGGUCAUUCAUACCUCUAGUAGGCUCUGUUCUGACCAUCUUUUUGGUUGAUCCUCCUAGCAACAAAAGAUUAUCCGGUGGGAUUUCUUUGAAGCUUUCUUCUUUGCAUCCUGAAAUAUUUUCAACAUUUUGGACAAAAAGCAAGUGCAUUAUAUCUGUGUUUGGACACUGAUAAAAAUAAUUUGAAAUUUCCGGACUUACUUUGAUAGCUUCCACAAGUUGAAGAAUGAUUUUCUUCUUUGGACAACUUGUUUUUGUUUGCUGCCAUCUUUGCAGCUUUUGACCUUGGUUGUUAUGAACUACUUCUUGUCUUAUUCCUGGAUCAAAACUUUUUGGCAAAGACAAGUGCAUUAUACCUGGAUAAUCAAGUGUCUUGGGCGUUUUAAGAUCAGAGAAACUUACCUUAAGCUUUGGCAUUUGAACAACACUUUGUUCAAUUUUAGGCUUCCACUUGUGAGGUGGUUCAUGGCUGAGCUUAUGGUUUGGUUCUUUCCUUGGAACUUCAGUAAGCAUAUAGCUCUCAUUUGUUCCCCCUAUACUAAGAGAAAAAACGUCAGAAACUGUAUCUAAAAGUGGUGUUAGAUACUUACCUUGUUGUGAUACUUUGACUACCGGUUUUGCUUCUUUAAGCAACAUGGACGGGAGAGCCCAAUUGCCAUCUCUACAGGUAAGGGUUGCUUACCAAUCCUAAAACUCCCAUAUUAAGGGGCAGUUCUAUCCUUUUUUACCUUUUUUCAUUUUUUUUUUUUUUGUCUUUUGUUUAAAACCCUAAUCAAGAGCCUUCCAGUGGAGAUGGUCUAAUGCUUCUUAUGAUUUAGUAAGACCUCUCAACCCAAAAAAUAGAAAAAUAACAAAACUUACAAAUGAAUUUCCCAUACAUAGAUAUCUUCACGAAUAUCCAGACGUAAUAGGAUGCUCAUACGAUCAUCAAAACCAAGACCGACAUCCUCAAGAGGUUAAAAAAAUAAAUUAUACGAUAGGAAUUUUUAUACACACUGAAAAUUCGGAAAACUUAACCCCACAACUGUACUAACACAAGCUUCACAACUUGCUCCUUAGCUCUCUCUGUGCAAUUCAAGAAACGGGGACGAGGCAGGCCGAUUAAACAUCCAGGUACGGUGCAUGCAUUAUAAAUUUUUUUUUUUUAAAAUAAUGUCUGUACUAAUCAACCUCUUCAUAUGUUCCAGAUGUAUGCUCUUCCUCUAGCUCUGUCGCUCACCUGGAUCAACCUCCGUGGUUAUCUGCAACAUAUAGCAUAUCUAACUCAACACCAAGCAUCAGUCAAAGAGGAAAAAUAGACACAGGUACACUGAGGUUAUGUUGAACAAUAUAUUUAAUGGUUUGCGACAAACAAACUCUCUAAAGGACUACAACUUUGCAGCCUCUUCUAAGAAAGCAAGAUUUAUUAGGAAGGCAAUUUGUGUACGUAAAAAGGAAAUGCGGUUACGUAAAUCAGCCGAUAAAAAAGGUCAGCAUCGUGUUGACUAAUUGACUGUAUACUAACGUACAACAUAUUGACUAAAUAGUCAUCUAAUAAUCUGACUCCUGCUAUGUUACAAUCCGGAAAAAAGAAAGUUGAGGCUAAUGAUAAAUGGGAGAUAUUAUCCUGUCCAUCAUGCCACGCUUUGGUAUGGGCUGCCGAAGCUGUUGGUGGACACAGCAGUCGGGGGGAAAAACAGUUCACUAUCUGUUGUCAACAGGGUCGAGUGAGGCUUCCACCCGUGCGUGAAGCACCCUCUCCCCUUAGAGAGCUUCUUGAAAGUAAAAAAUUCCGUCCCCACAUCAGAGUUGCUAACAGCCUCCUAGCUUUCAUAUCCAUGGGUGCUCAGGUGGAUCAUAGUGUAACUGGAACACAAGGACCAUUUACAUUCCAAGUACAUGGUCAAAUUAUUCACAGGAUCGGGUCUCUCCUUCCUGAAGAUGGUGCUCCCUCAGAGUACUUGCAGUUAUAUAUUUUUGACACAGAUAAUGAGUUGGAGAAUCGAAAGAGAGCGUUAACUCAAGGCUCUUCCUCCUUGGCCUUCGAUGAUAGUGUCAUCAUUCAGUUGAUCGAUAUGAUGGACAAACAUAACCACCUAGCCAAGACCUUUCGACAUGACCGUGAUAGUGUUACGUACGAAGCUGAGCGUCCUCCUAUCCUCUUUCAGUACAGGCGCAGAGGCAAGGGACUUGUGUAACGGUAAAGAGGACAGCUGGCUCUUGGACUAUUAAGGAAUAAAGAAUAAAGUUAUGGGGAUCGUUGUCACGAGUAUCGUGCUCAAAAGGUUGUGUCGAAAGUGUGUUGUCGUGACUCACAAGGGUUUUGUGGGCAUUCACGGAGUCGUAGGAGUAUAAAUAAAGUGAGAAGGAGUCUGUAAGGAUUAUCGAGUGAUUGAUCAAAGUUGUAGUAGGAGUAGAGAGUCCUCUAAACGUCUCUGUGUAACUUGGAUUUCCAUUAAUAAAACCUUAUAUUAUCUCUGUUCUCUGAGUUCGUACAAAGGGAAUAAGUAGAACUUAUCAACUUGGUAUCAGAGCUUGUAGAUCUGAGGGACAAGAUGCCGAAGAAACCCGACGCUGACCAUACCGCGGACCAGAUGCAACAGCAGAUGGGCCGCAUCACUCUCCUGGAGCAGAGCAUGACAAAGGUCGAGACGAUGGAACAGACCUUGUCGGCGAUGCAACAGCAGAUGAGCGUAUUCUUUGGUCGAUGGGAGCAGGAGAAGAACAAGCAGAUGAAGGAGCAAGCUCGUUCGCUCGAAGUCGCCAAAGGUAAAGCUCAUCAAGCAGAAGGAACGCCGACCGUGGAGGAGCUGUCGCCGGUGACGAAAGAAACCGGUCACGCCCUGAUUCAAACCCCGAUGCCGACGCAAGGGGAAGGGUCGGAGAAAAGAAGAUCCUGUUCACAAGGGUCCAGCCUGUCCGAGGGAGAUCGUCGAGACAGGGACCGCUCGUUGACCGACCAGAUCGAGCUACCAUUGUUCGACGGUGAACAAGCAGAUAGCUGGGUGCUGAGGGCGGAGCAGUACUUCGAGCUCAGUGAGUUUACGGAGGAGCAAAAGUUGAGGGCCGUACGGAUGUGUUUCCUGGAUGACGCGCUCCUUUGGUACCGUUGGGAACGAGACAGAGAUCCGUUUCGUAGUUGGGAUCACUUGAAAGGAAGGGUACUGGAGCAAUAUUCGACCAUGAAAGACACGUCGGCCGGAGAGAGACUCUUAAGACUCCGGCAAGAGGGGUCAGUGAAAGAGUACUGUCGGGAGUUUAUCUCACUGGCGAUGAACGCCCCGGAGGUUCCAGAUACGAUACUGAAGAUGGCUUUUAUGGCUGGGUUGAAACCACGCAUAAGAGCCGGCGUUAAGAUGUUCGAACCUUCGACGCUACAGAAGAUGAUGAAGGUAGCUCGGAAGGUGGAGGCCUGGGAAGACGACGAUGACGAGGAAACAAAACCCUACAGAGGAUUAUCGGGCCGAAGCUCGAAGCCCAGUAAAGGAGGAGAAUCUACUUUGGUGAGUCGACAAAACUCUAACGGGCCUGGUUCGCAGAAGUCGAAGCCCAGUGGAGAUCAGAGCCCAACAACAAAAAAAGAAAAGGGGUUCACGGGAAAAACGUCGACAUAUCACAAUAGGGUUAAGGCGCCGUUCCGUCAACUCACGACUGCGGAGAUCGAGCAACGAAGAGCCGCCGGGUUGUGCUACCGGUGUGAUGAGAAGUAUCAUCGGAAUCACCGAUGUCCAAAACCAGAGCUCACGGUGUUGGUCAUGCACGAUGAUGGAAGUGAAGAGAUGUUUGAGGAAGAACCACACGAGACGCCGGAGGAGGAAGAUGAGGUCGAAGCGGUGGUGGCAGAAGUGUCGAUUAAUUCCGUGGUGGGUCUGUCUUCAUCACGCACCAUGAAGCUAAAGGGUGAGCUUAACGGCGAAGAGGUGAUUGUGCUUAUCGACAGCGGGGCGUCGCACAACUUCGUUUCCGAGAAGCUGGCGGCGAAGAUGGCGGCGAAGCUGGGGCUAGAAGCUCAAAACACCACCCGUUAUGGAGUGAUGGUGGCGGGAGGCGUUAAGGUGCAAGGAAGAGGGGUGAUUACAGGGGUGGAGUUGAAAGUGCAAGACUGCACCAUUCACACAAGCUUCCUACCCUUAGAGUUGGGGAUAGCUGACGUUAUAUUGGGAGUGCAGUGGUUGGAUACAUUGGGGGAGACCCGCGUGAACUGGAAAUUACAAAGGAUGAAGAUAAAAAUGGAUGGAGAGUGGGUGUUGAUACAAGGUGAUCCAAGUCUCCACUCGGCUGGGGUCUCACUCAAAUCCAUAUGGAAGACCAUGGAGAGGGAAGGCGAAGGCGUCAUUGUAGAGUUUGGAGGGUUGCAAGCGGCAGAGACAGGGCCUUCAGAGAAGAUCAACCCGGAGUGGCAGGGGGUGAUAAAUCAGUAUGAAGGUGUGUUUCAAGAGCCGAGUGGCUUGCCUCCUUCAAGGGGGAAGGAGCAUGUUAUUCUAUUGGAGACAGGGGCCAGUCCCGUUAGUGUCAGACCAUUUCGUUACCCUCAAGCACAGAAGACAGAGUUUGAGCGGCAGAUUGGGUUGAUGAUGGCAGCAGGGAUCAUACGAGAGAGCAACAGUCCUUUCUCUAGCCCCGUCCUGCUCGUGAAGAAGAAAGAUGGGAGUUGGAGGUUCUGCAUUGACUACAGAGCUCUCAACCGAGUCACGGUGGUGGACAAGUAUCCAAUACCGAUGAUCGAUCAGCUACUCGACGAGCUACACGGAGCAACGGUCUUCUCGAAGCUCGACAUACGUUCCGGCUAUCACCAAAUCUUGGUGAAAGCUGAAGACAUACCCAAGACCGCGUUCCGCACGCAUGAUGGCCACUAUGAAUUUCUAGUGAUGCCAUUUGGGUUGUCUAACGCGCCGGCGACGUUCCAGUCACUCAUGAAUGAUGUGUUUCGUCCUCACUUGCGCCGCUUUGUACUCAUCUUCUUUGACGACAUCUUAGUGUACAGCAAGACGAAAGAGGAAAACAAGGAGCAUUUGGAGGAGGUGUUGCGGUUGUUGGCGGAGCACCAGCUGUAUGCGAACAUAAAAAAAAUGUGA